AUUUAGCUGGCUUGCCGAAGCCCCGCAGAGUUGAUCUGUCAACCAGACUGAAAAAUCUUGACACUUAUCGGCGGACACAGCCCGGAGUUGACAGCUUUAUAUUAGCACCGUGAUACGGGCUACAGAGGACGACGUCGCUGGGAGCCGCUGCUCAGGAAACAGGCCCCUGUCCGCGGCUGUUUUUAACGCCAUAAAGUGUCCGUCGUCUGUCACAAUUCCAACUAUCCAACAGCCGAGCUAGCCAGCUAGCUAAUUAUCGUAGCUGCCCGGACCGUCUCUGUGGCGUGGAAAAGGAUUUGUGUUCUCGCUGUUGAGCUUUGGCAGUCGGUAGGAAAUUAUUUGAAGCCAACUAACCCGCUGUUAUGAUAUCUUGACAGCUCGUCACGUUUGUUCGAGCCACUUUCCCAAGCCUAGCUAACAAGCUAACUUGGCUAACUGGCAGGUUUGUCCGCGUCGUUGAGCAACCAGCCAUCGCCGUGGCAAGUGGGAUCUGAUUGGAUACGUUGGCCGUGUGCGAGCGGUGGUGGGCAGACACGGGGACACCGAAGACCCCUCCGGCCGGCCAAACAAACGGACCAGAGUGGAGAAAGGGCCCCCUUUGACAGCCAGCGGGGAGGAGGGCUAUUAAAAAUCGGGAGGCUCGGCCACUUAGCGCCGCAGAGGCGUUACACCGCCGAGGGAGACACCGGAUUGAACGGAGGAAGAGUCCCCACCGUUUGACAACUGUGAUCCGGGGAGCGAACCGGGCAGGGACCUCAUGAAUGGAAAUCGGAACUACAGGAGCCGUUGGGGCCCAGUCCCUGUUCUCCGUGCCUCGGCGGCCUGGCUAUGGCACCAUGGGGAAGCCCAUCAAGCUGCUGGCCAACUGCUUCCAGGUGGAGAUCCCAAAGAUGGAUGUCUACCUCUAUGAGGUGGACAUCAAGCCUGAGAAGUGUCCGCGACGAGUCAACAGGGAGGUGGUUGACUCCAUGGUGCAACACUUCAAGGUGACCAUCUUUGGAGAUCGCAGGCCAGUUUAUGAUGGGAAGAGGAGUCUAUACACAGCCAACCCAUUGCCUGUGGCGCCCGCAGGGGUGGACCUGGAUGUCACUCUGCCAGGCGAGGGAGGGAAGGACCGUCCCUUCAAAGUCACCAUCAAGUUUGUGUCUCUGGUCAGCUGGCACAUGCUCCAUGAGGUGCUGACAGGCCGCAGCAUGCCCGACCCCCUGGAGCUGGACAAGCCCAUCAGCACCAACCCAGUACAUGCAGUGGAUGUGGUCCUGCGACACCUGCCUUCCAUGAAGUACACUCCAGUGGGUCGUUCCUUCUUCUCGGCACCAGAGGGCUAUGACCACCCACUGGGUGGGGGAAGGGAGGUGUGGUUUGGCUUCCAUCAAUCUGUACGCCCUGCCAUGUGGAAGAUGAUGCUCAACAUUGAUGUGUCUGCCACAGCCUUCUACAAGGCCCAGCCAGUCAUCCAGUUCAUGUGUGAAGUGUUGGACAUCCACAACAUAGACGAGCAGCCUCGCCCCCUCACAGACUCGCACCGGGUCAAGUUCACCAAAGAAAUCAAAGGUCUGAAGGUGGAGGUGACGCACUGUGGAACCAUGCGGAGGAAGUACCGCGUCUGCAACGUGACCCGUCGGCCUGCCAGCCAUCAAACGUUCCCUCUGCAGCUGGAGAACGGUCAGACUGUAGAGCGCACUGUAGCCCAGUACUUCAGGGAGAAGUACAACCUGCAGCUGAAAUAUCCACAUUUGCCCUGUCUACAGGUGGGCCAGGAGCAGAAGCACACCUAUCUGCCCCUGGAGGUGUGUAAUAUUGUAGCAGGUCAACGGUGCAUCAAGAAGCUGACAGAUAAUCAGACCUCCACUAUGAUCAAAGCCACAGCUCGUUCGGCACCCGACAGACAGGAGGAGAUCAGCAGGCUGGUGCGCAGUGCCAACUACGAGGCUGACCCGUUUGUGCAGGAAUUCCAGUUCAAGGUGCGCGACGAGAUGGCCCACGUGACGGGGCGCGUGCUGCCCGCCCCCAUGCUGCAGUACGGCGGCAGGGUGAGCACAGAGCACUUUAUGAACCGCACUGUAGCCACGCCCAGCCACGGGGUUUGGGACAUGAGGGGGAAGCAGUUCCACACAGGGGUGGAGAUCAAGAUGUGGGCCAUUGCCUGCUUUGCCACACAGAGACAGUGUCGGGAAGAGAUCCUCAAAGGUUUCACAGACCAGCUGCGUAAGAUCUCUAAGGAUGCUGGGAUGCCCAUCCAGGGUCAGCCAUGUUUCUGUAAAUACGCCCAAGGAGCCGACAGUGUGGAACCCAUGUUCAGACACCUGAAGAACACCUACUCUGGACUUCAGCUCAUCAUCGUCAUCUUGCCAGGAAAGACUCCUGUCUACGCGGAGGUGAAGCGUGUGGGAGACACCCUUCUAGGCAUGGCCACCCAGUGUGUCCAGGUGAAGAACGUGGUGAAGACAUCACCUCAGACCCUCUCCAACCUCUGCCUAAAGAUCAAUGUGAAACUGGGAGGCAUCAACAACAUCCUGGUGCCCCAUCAACGACCAUCAGUGUUUCAGCAGCCAGUAAUCUUCCUGGGAGCCGAUGUCACACACCCCCCUGCUGGAGACGGGAAGAAGCCCUCUAUCGCAGCAGUGGUAGGCAGCAUGGACGCCCACCCCAGCAGGUACUGUGCCACUGUGCGGGUCCAGAGGCCCAGGCAGGAGGUCAUCCAAGACCUGGCCUCCAUGGUGCGGGAGUUGCUCAUUCAGUUCUACAAGUCAACCCGCUACAAGCCCACCAGGAUCAUCUUUUACAGGGAUGGAGUGUCGGAAGGCCAGUUCAGACAGGUGCUGUAUUAUGAGCUGCUGGCCAUCCGUGAGGCCUGUAUCAGCCUGGAGAAGGAAUAUCAGCCAGGCAUCACCUACAUUGUUGUGCAAAAACGGCACCAUACACGCCUAUUCUGUGCCGACCGCAAUGAAAGAGUUGGACGUAGUGGAAACAUUCCUGCUGGUACUACUGUAGACACGGACAUCACGCACCCCUAUGAGUUCGACUUUUACCUCUGCAGUCACGCUGGAAUACAGGGCACCAGCCGGCCCUCCCACUACCACGUCCUGUGGGAUGACAACUGCUUCACUGCUGAUGAGUUCCAGCUGCUCACCUACCAGUUGUGCCACACUUACGUGCGCUGUACCCGCUCUGUCUCCAUCCCUGCGCCAGCCUACUACGCCCACCUGGUGGCCUUCCGCGCCCGCUACCAUCUGGUGGACAAAGAACAUGACAGUGCCGAGGGCAGCCAUGUGUCUGGUCAGAGUAACGGUCGGGACCCCCAGGCGCUGGCCAAAGCUGUUCAGAUUCACCACGACACCCUGAGGACCAUGUACUUCGCCUGAGCUACACCAACCAUCGCCACCCGUAUCACACAUACACAGACACAACCAUGCACGCCGGGCUUGCCAGUCAAGGAGUCCUCACAGGUGCGAGUCCCGCCCACCCACACACCCAGUCAAUCCGGACCUGACACUGUGCAGAGGAAGGCAUGGAGGAGGGAGGGGGAGGAGCCCCCCCCCAUACUGGAGUGAGGAUGUAAACGCUGCUUUAAAAACAAGAGAGAAACUCAGCACUAUUAUGCAAUAUUAAACCAGCCAACUAUUUUACUUUCACCCUUAUCGGGCACCCUUAUAAUCCAUCACCCCUCCUCCUCCCUGUUCCCCUGUCUGACUCCCUUACUUCUUGCUCAGUUGUUUGUCUUGUUUGUUUUUACCUCCCCCCUUCUUAAUGUCUGUCAUGCGGUUUGCAAUCUGCAAAUCUGCCCCUUUGCCAUCACAUCCUUUACAGUACCUCAAGUCAGUUUGAGCAGCAGCACUUUUGCAUGUUGUCUGUUUUACUGUAUUUUGUUGUUUUUUUUCCCCCUCCAUGUUUGAAGACAGGAAGCAGAGAAGAAAAGGCUCAGAUCAGAUUCUGGGGUUGUAAAGAAGUGAUUAUCACAUGUUUUUGUAUAUAGAUUGUUCAGUGUCCUGCAGGUUCUCCCAGUUGCCACUGCCUUCUCCCUUUUACUGUGUCCAGUGUCUUUUCCCCCAAUGGUCAUUUUUCACUAUUGUGUCAAUUCACCAGUUAAAUGUAUGGAACAACCUGUUAUUUUGAGCACAGUGCCACCUGUAGGCCACAAGGUAUAAAUACCCCCUUAAAGUCAGAACAAGGGUUGUAUUUUUAUCCUAUGAUUUAAGAUCAUUUUGAUUAUGUUGAGCAUUCAGUAUGAAAAUUUUUAACAGUGGCACAGAUUAUACUGGCUGUUAACUAUAAUAUCAGCUUCUCACUAGCAGCCAUCUAUAGGUUUUUAUAAAUUAUAACAUAGUCAUGUGAUUCUGCUUGUACUUUUACUUCCACCUUGUGGGAUAUUUUAUGAUUCUAACUUUUUAAUCAUUCUUUCAAGUAUUUAUUAAUUUUCUCAAGCUGGCAAGCUUAUGUUUUUAAUAUUGGUGUUCACCGUGCUUUCAUUCCCACUGAGCGCUUUCUUUAUCCCGCACUCCCCUCUCCUGAGUUUGAGAUUGUGGGUGAAUUCUAAGUUAAAUGACAGAUCAUGUUGAUAGUUUCGUCUAGUGCAAUAAUCAGUUUAACGAAGGGAAGCGGAUUUUAGGGGACUUAAGCAGAAAACCCAAAAGAACAGCACAUCUCAUUUGAUACAAAUGGGUGUUCACGAAGGAAAAAAUAGAGGUUGCCACAUUCAUGGCACUUUCAUGUAUUCGUCCUCUGAGAAGAGACUGAUCGGUAUGGUUUUGGAAUAUGUCAUUGUCAGGCAAAAAUGUUUUUACUUGAAUUGAAGGAUUUUAUGAGCCUUUGUGGGUUAAGAAUAUGUUAUCAUGCUUGGCCAUGUGAAACCUUUUCAAAGCCCAUUUCAAUAUAAUUUCAAAAUCUUGGUUGCCAGUUUAAAAACUAGGCUGUUUUUCUUCAUUCUUUAGAAUUUUCCAUUUUGGACAUCAAAGGUUUUCUUCUGACAGCAGCAAUGUAGAGUCUUAUGGCCAUAAAGAGGUAGUAUUCAAGUGCCUGGUGGAAGCGAAGGGUUCAGUGGUCAGAAGUUGCAUAAUUAAUUUAUUAAGAUCCCAUUUCAAUAGGUGACUAAUGAUAAAAAGUCAUAAGCUGGCAAUGGACAGUGUGAGAUAUUGCCGCUUAUUCUUCUUGGUGUUAGAGGUGUUCUGUCUACUGACUUUUCUAUACAUCUCAUUCAAAUCACAUUCAAAUCUCAUGUAUGGAUAUAUAUAUAUAUAUAUAUAUAUAUAUAUAUAUAUAUCAGCAGUUUAGCUGGUGACUUUGCUUUGCAGCAGUACACAGCAGAGCAGGCUGAGCUGCCUUUUUGCUUAAUUUUCAUCAAAAAUGGAUCCAGCUGCUACAUUCUGUUUGUAUUUAAAGGGCCAGGUACACAGACAUAGAUUGAACCUUGUUGUAAACUAUUAUCCUUCAACUGACAAUCCCAUUUGAAGGAACAUAGUCCAGGGCUAGACUUAAUCCAAGUCUGUGCACCCAGCCCAAAGUGAGUAAGGGUUGACACUGGCUUCAGAACCAGGCCGAGGAGCGAAGUGGGUGACUGUCAUUUUCACCAGAGGCUGAGCAGACUGUUGAUGCUCCUCUGAAAUGACAGGAGGUCUGUGUGGAAAAUGGUCACCACUAAGCUGCUCUGUGCCCUAAAGGACCUGAAGCUCAUCUGGGGCUGUUAUUAAAAGACAAGAUGAUAAUCUGCACUAAAUGAAGCAUGUGUGUCGAGACUGAACACAGGCAUGGUGCUAUUUUGUCUGAAUUUGAAUCUGAAUCUGGACCUCUCUGAGUCUCUGCCUGGGUAGGUGGGAACGGUAGAAAAAUAUAGACAAAUGUAGUAAACCUUUCUCAUUUAGGUACAUGAGAGGGUCCUGCUGGUAUUGUUCGUGCGGGGAGCAAACGUCUGGACUUAAGAUUUUGCUCGGCAGUUAUGGUCAGCAGCGAGAACCUGUAUAUGGUACAAUUGCGAAAUGUUCUCAAGACAGGGACUGCCCCUUGGACAGUGAGGUAUAGUGGUAGGGCCCUGCAUCCCAUAGCUGUUGCAUUUGACUGCCUUUCCUUGGCUAGCCUUCCGGUGUGGAAGCCAAUGGGUUUGAGCCUUCAUGAUUUUCACUAGUGUCUGAAAGCCUUUUUAAAAGCCAGAUCGAAAGUAUAUUUGUACAUUUUAAAUUAUGUAAUGCACACCACUUAUUUUUGCUAACAGAAAAGUUCUAAAAAAUGUAGUCUAGUUAUUAAUCUUAGUAAUAAUUGUAUCAUGAUAAGUAAUGGUUAAAAGGUAUAAUAACAAAGUUUUAUUAUUGCAAUAGACUGUUGACUUGUUCCUGUGUCACUGUAUAUCGUAUAGCGUAUCUCUGUACAGUGGUGGGGUUAUUCAAAUUAGUGAUGUGUAUCUGGACUGUUAUUCUAUUAUUGAUAGGAAUGUGGACUUCACCACCUCUUGCUUUGAUUUUGGAGAAAAAAAAAGCAGAAAGAUGUUUAAUGCUUAUUUCUCUCCCUUUCUGUAGAUGUUCAUACAGUUGGAGGUUUCUGGUCUAGGAGAGGAUCUUGAAAUUGUUGAAAUUUUGAAAGGCUUUGAUGUGAGCCUUCGUAUUGUGAUGACAUAAAGUAGAAUAGAAGUGGAGUCAUUUAACAUAUUGAGCAGAAUGUCUGCUUUUGAAUGUUCUCUGGUUUUCUUCAACUGGUGCUGAUGCCCGCUCCUCAUUGAGGGAGUGUGAAAAGGAACGGGCAAGUGGUUGAGAAAGUGUUGAUUCUGUUUCAAGGACAUGUUUGAUCAGAGAAAAUGUAACAAAGUUAGUUCUCCAUGCCUUUCUGUUAAAGCCUGGGGGGAUUAUGUUGCCUUGCAACCUCUGUUGCUAAACCCUCUCCUAACCCGAGCCACUUCAUGUGCUCACAAAUACAAAGAGUUGGCCUCCUGGUAAAUCAGCAGUGUGACAAAGCCUAUAAUCUCAUUGUUGCUCCUUUCCCCUUUGCUCCUGACCGUUUACUUCCUGUGCCAGAGGGCUACAUUCCACGGCCAGUAGAAUCCCAUCCGAUCCCCCUGGGAUGUAAAAGAAAGAUUAAGACUGAAAGACAAAAGUGAGGUUUGGUCAGUAAGCGUAUGAUGUAGUGGAUUCUGUGGUUCAUUAAAGUAUGCUUUGAGAUUUGGUAAGAGUCAAAGCUGACGAUAGAUAGCUUUGUGUGUAUGUGGUUGGCUAUGAUGUAUGUUGGAGAAGUUGGGCCCAGUGCCACUGAGGGUGGAGGGUGUGUGUGAAUGGGGUGCAUUUAUAACUGACUGUCUAUGACUAUCUCAGCUGUUUCUGAUGGAUGUAAAAGCAGUUGUGUAGAAACCUAACUGUUGAGGGCAGUUGAACACAUGUUUACAUAGCAGAUGUGUUUGCCUAACUUACAACUGAAACAUCAUCAGUUCUGCUUUGCAGAUGUUGGUAACCUAACAUGAGCAAAACCAUUUGGGGUCUGUUGAAAUAUACACUUAAGGGGAUACUAUGACAUUUUGAAUUUUAGGUUUGGCAAUUUUUCUUUGACAUGAGAAGAGUCUUAUCCUUUAUUUUCACUGAAAUGGCUGAAAUGGUUAUUUUUUAUUAUUAUUAUUUUUUAAGCAUUCCACAUUGGAGGGGGGAAAAAGUACAAUGAGCUCCUAGUUUGCAGCAAGCUAUACACUUCAGUUCUCAAUGAGGAAUGCGAAUAAAAUUUUCCCACCAUGUGACAAGUGGCUGGUGAAGAAAAAUAGCCAAAUAAACUUCAAAAGGUCAGUGUCGCCCCUUUAAAAAGAAGUAAAAGUGUACUCCAUUUCAAGUAAUCAAUAAAUAUCCCUGAUUUUUGUUGUUCUCUAUUUGCGGUGAAAGGUAGCAAUGGAGUGAGAAAAAGUCCACAGAAAGUGCCUUUCCUUUUGAUGGUGCUGUAAAAUGAAAGACAAAACGUAAAAUCAAAGAAAUAGAAUCUCCUUUUCAAGAACACAUUGCAAUGCAGGAAUGGCUGCAUUUUACACACACACACGCUCACUGUUCAUGUUUAUUUUUUAGAGAUGGAGAUGCAGUUGCGUUCCUGUAUACUAAGACAUUAAGCAUACAUAGAAAUAGAGUAUAUGCCAAGUAUACGGUUGUGGUUGAGUUUUUGCUUACUAGUGCAUUUAGAGUCUUGGACCAAUGGUGUCGUUGGUACAGUGGAAUGUGCUUUAGGGGUGGGGGGGGGCGGGUGGGGUUGGCAUAGUUGACACUGGCGUGGUGUGUGACGCAGCCCGGCCCACGAAUGACAGACAUAGCACAGCACUUUAUAGACUGCCACUCUCACUCGGACACAUAGCCAAGAGGUUCCCUCCAGUCCCUUCCUCCUGCGUAGAGUCAGAGAGGAUCAAAACCUCAGUCUGAACCAGGAGCCGAGGGGAUAGUGUUACCAAACAAAGCAGUUGGUCAUUAAAAGUGUGCCUCAUGCUUUCGUGACUUCACGGAUGGCACUCGGUUGAGUCGGCCUGCUAUUCGGUGGUUGUUCUCCCUCCAAAACCACCACUUGACGGUUUGUUUCAGCUAGGGCUGGGUGUCCAAAAAAUAAUACCUUUACCAAUUUUUGGUCUAAAAUUUAUAAGCCGUUUUACAAAGCGAUCAAAAAGGUUCAUAUUAGUCCUGUACUGAGGACUCUAGAUUUUCUUUAGGUUGAUGGUCAUUUUACUGAUCAAAUCAGCUGAGCAAGACCUAACUGCUUGAAAAGGCGGGUUGCCUCUUAGAUAUUUGAUGCAAAAUAAUACAGUCUGUUGUGCAGCAAAGAAAGCUGGCACAAAGGUGUCAUUUAUUAUAGACAUUAAAUUAAUAGAAUUGGUUUCAGUAUUAAAAAUUCUCCUAUGAUGCCCAGCCCUAGAUGCAGCCCAUGGCAUUCUCUCAUUCUAGCGCAAUGCCCUGCCAUGUGUCUUGUCCCUAAUAGAGGGAAUGUGUGCCCAGUAGUAUCCCUGUCUUGGGGCAGUAGGGUGUCAAGUAAAAACCAAGGGUGGUCUAGUAGUUCUGGGGUACCUGUUCAGUCCAGGGGGUGAAAUCUUUCUAUUACAAGAGAUCUCAAAAACACUGCACCUCACUUACCUUGGUAUGCUGCAUAUGUUAUACUACAUGAAAGAAAACUGCAAAUAUUGCUUUUAUUAUGACAUUUAAUGCUUGAGUAAUGCCUGAUUGCGAUAUUCUUAUACAGUAACUAUUUUAGAGACAAAAUAAGUGUAACUGUAAAAUAUUCUUUGUUUUGUCUUAACACUUACCUGAAUUCGAGAAUUGUUCUUGAGCCGACUUUAUUUUGUUGUCCUAUUUAAAUGUGUUGUUCUUUAAAUAUAUAUAUGAAAUAUAUAUGCGAAAUAUUUUAUGGUGUAUUUAUUGAGAGUGCAUAUAAGCGGCUGGAGUCUCCGCAUCACAUUGCAGCAUGGUGGGGGUGGAGCCAUGAGGAUGAGGCCUUAGCCCCUCCCCCUCCAUGUUGACGCCUUAUUCUCCCUAGACACGCAAGCACAACAAUAUGGAGGGGGUGCGAGGUGGAGGAGGUGGAAGGAGUGGAGUUGGCCUGUGAGGAGGUUACACAGACCCAUGUGUCACUUUUGGUUGGCGUUUAAUGACAACAGGCCAAUUCUUCACCUUCCAUUUCUUCCUAUUCUUUACCCUCCACUCUUCUCUUGCCAUCUGAGAAGGCCAAAUCCAACCCCCACAUGUUGCAGCUCAUCUCUGUUGACGAAGGGAACCAUUUCUGAACCACACUGACUUGAGUGUCGAAAAAGCUGACUUUCUCAUCCCAAGCUGCUAGUUUGUACAUUAGCCAUGUAAAUUCCCCGAGCCAGUAAAGGGCAGGUGGGAGAGCAUAGAGGAGAAUGACAGAGAAAGAAGGAAGGAAAGAUGUCGCAAAGGCAGAAAUCUAUGGAUUUAUGUUUUUGAAAAAAAAAAAAAAAUCUUAGUGUAGGCAUUGCUUCUGUCCUCUUAAAUUGUCUCUUGUCAAGUUUUUCUUGUGCCAGAACUUUUUACAGCAGGAAUAGGUCUCAUUCCACAAGAAAAUACAUGCCUCAGCCUUAAGUGGGUUCUUACAUCGUUAUCAGAUUUAUAUGUGACUUUGCAAUGCCUGUGUUGGGUAGCCUACCGAGAAAACAAGCCUACCUACUUGAUCUCCCCUCAUUCCCGAACAGGCGUCCUCAUCUCUUCUCGUCUCUCACUUAAACCACUAACAGUGCUACAGUACGUAGUGAACUCUGAUGUACGAAAAAGUGUAAGCUUUUGAAACUUUUUUUUGUUUAUCCCAUUUCUAUGGAUGUAAGAACAGGAAACGGGCCUGGGUCUAACAGCACAUGUAAAUAACAACAGUUCUUGGCAUUUAUUUUAACCUGCGUGGCCUACCAGAUGAGCAGUGUUUUCUGCAUCAGGACAAUUCAGAUAUCGUCAAAUAAAUUCUGACUGACAGAGGCAUAUGCUAAUUUGACUUUUAUAUACUUCACUGUGUUUGUAUAAUCCUCCUGGCUGUAAUUGUGCUGUCUUAAAUGGCAAACCCGCCCAUCUGGCACCUAAGUAGAUUACUGCGAACCAUUAAAAGGACAGUAUUUGCAAAAAACUGUUUGACCCAGGCCUGACAGGAGCCGGGAGGUUCCUCACAGUGCUGGAUUACAGAGACCUGUGCCUGUACAAUGAACCAAGGUGUUGUGAUGAAUUGCUGUUCCUUUCUUUUCAUGUCUGUUGGUCGUCCCUCACCCCGAGGAUCAGAGACAUGGAGCUUUUGAGGGUUGUCGAUCCUGUUCCAAAGCAAAUAGACCCUCCAUCCAUUAAGCCAAACAAUUUUUGGUUUAACAAAUGUUUACUCUAAUGUUUACUCCCAUAGCUAUCAGAUGUUAACCUAUUUUCAGUCCAUUAGCAUUCCAGUAAUGACUAUGAACCAAAUAUUGCAAAAGAGAUUAGGCUGCCUGAUGCCAUUUUCCCUUGUGUACACAAUGGUUUUGAAGACUGAUAUUUAGCAGUGGCCAAGGAUGCAAAACGUGACCAUGUUGUAUGUACGCUGACUGGCCAGACUAUCAUGAGUUUGCGAUGUAGCAUCAGUUUUAUGUCAGUCUUAAUUCAAACUAAAGAUCUUGGGCUGUGAUACCAUUGAGCGAGGCACCAGCAAAUGGAUGUACAUUGAACAGUGACCUUUCACCACCGUAAGAUCCAUGUCUCAAUCUCUCAGUAUGUUACAAAAACUCUGUUGUACCAACAGUUCUCUUCCUUUCAGUUUUAACUGUCUUUCUCUCUUUCUUUUGUAACUCUCUUUUAGGUUGUUGGCCUUUUAGUGUUGCUUUGCUUCAGUUUGAAGUGUAUCUUUCACUAAUACUUGCAAUAAAAAGCUUUGCUUUAC